CUCCUAUAUCUAGAGGAGGAUAUUCCUCACCUCAUCUCCAGUCCCUUUUCAAAUCUUCACCUCCCUGAUCCAUCAUGGCGGCCAGGCGUCUUCCCGAGACUUUUCGGAAACUUAUAAUUUCUAAACUUUCCACAAAUUACAGAGAGGCUGCCGAACUGGUAACGGUACCUAUGUUGAAGCCGGGGCCGGAUGAGUUACUCGUCAAAAACAGAUAUGUUGGGAUUAAUGCCACAGAAAUAAACCAUUCUGCUGGUCGAUAUAACCCAGGGGUACCCCCACCAUUUGAUGGUGGACUAGAGGGUAUUGGAGAAGUUGUGUUAACUGGUGAGAAAUGUAAAAACUUUCACCAAGGUCAGGCAGUUGGAUAUUUUCAGUUUGGAACCUUCUCAGAAUAUAUGACCAUUUCCUCAAAACAAGCAUUUCCCCUGCCAAGAGUGGAUCCUGUAUAUGUCUCAUUACUCAUCAGUGGCCUGACUGCUGGUAUUGCUCUUGACAAGGUUGGUGAAAUUAAAAGCAAUGAAAUAGUUCUGGUGACAGCGGCUGCAGGAGGAACUGGUCAGUUUGCGGUCCAACUUGCGAAGUUGGCGGGAUGUCACGUGAUUGGCACAUGCUCGACAGACGCCAAAGGAGAAUUUUUAAAGUCUCUUGGAUGCGAUCGACCAGUAAACUACAAGACAGAGAAAUUAGAUGAAGUCUUAAAGAAGGAAUUCCCGAAUGGUGUUGAUGUAGUGUACGAAUCCAUCGGGGGAGAAAUUUUUGACAUUUGUGUCAACAGGCUGGCUAAGAAGGGUCGCUUGGUAACAAUUGGUUUCAUUACUGGUUACCAGUCCAAGUUAGGAUUCACCCCGGUCAAAAACGCAACUCUUGUUCCAAAGCUGUUAUCCAAAUCGGCGAGUGUCCGUGGUUUCUUGUUAUUUCACUAUGCUGAGGAGUUUAAAUCAACUCUGGCUAAACUUGUGGACUUGUACGACAGCGGGAAGUUAAAGUGUCACAUUGACGUUGGACAUUCAUCGCCAACAGGAGUCUUCAAAGGUCUGGAUUCAAUACCGGAUGCGGUCGAGUAUUUGCACAGUGGGAAAAGUUCAGGCAAAGUUGUGGUGGAGAUACCAGAUAACCCAAAAAGCCUUCUGUGAAGAAAACAAAAUAGUUUAAGCAGGACAAUUCUUGAGGCCGCGGUAAAGGGCUAAAAUGAACUAUGAUUUUACCUACUUUUCGUAUGAUCCUUACAUCAACAGUGUACUAGAGGAAAUAAGCCAAAAUCUUUUUUUCACCAUUGAGGCAACUAUUAUCACGUUGGUGUAAAAACAGCUGAAUGCAGACAGCGAGAAAGAAGUCAUGCUUAAACUCUCUGGGUCUAGGUAGUGUCAUGUAGAUGGCCACUUUACUUUGUAGUGCCGAGGAGCUUAGUUGUUCAAAAUGAAAAACGUUAAAAGAGAGACAUUGUAGUUCAUAAGGUACUAGAAUAUCACAAUUAAAAUGAUCAUUUGAUUUAUUUGGGUCUUUCUUUUUAUUUA